CCCGGCAAAAUCAUUACUCCCGUUCGAAACUAUAUUACUACAGUCACAAUGUCCCCGAUCCUCAAGAGAGACAUAGCAGAUCAGAUACGCCAAACAAAGAAAUUCGCAGCAACCGCCAUCGGAUCAUCAUAUCUGGAGGAAGAGCCUUACCGGAUUCCUUUGUUCGAAGAACAGCCUGAAAGUCGAAUGCUCAAGUCAGAGAACACCAAAGACGGCGAUAGAGGGGGGCCCGCUUUUACUUCCAGCUCAUCUGCAAGGCAAGGCAUAGGGGUCCAUGGAAGUGAAAUCGAACAGGAUUACGACUACAGAGAAGCCAAGUGGUUGAACACCAAAGCUGCUGCGGUCGACGGGAAGGGCAAGAGCAAGGCGAUUUCCGAAGACCUUGGCAACUUAGAGGAAGUUGAAAUGGAUCAGUUGGUGUCAGAUAGGCUGUCAGUUGACAGCCGGAAGGAUAAUGGGUCCUUCGAUCAAGGCGUGCCGAGUGAAAGAUUUGGUUAUGCGGAACCUGAGCUUGAAAUCAUGCCAAACGGUGCCGGAGGAGAUAAGCGGAAGGACAUGAUGAGCCUGCUUUUUGAGGCCACUCCUUCUAUUCUACUUUCUCUCGUCGGACUUGUCUUCACCGGCCAACUCCUGGAACAUCUGGCGCGAUGGAGAGUCUUCAGACGCGUCGACGAGCUUUUCAUCCUUGUCCCUAUGAUCGGCAACCUCAAGGGUAAUCUCGAGAUGUGUCUUUCCGCCCGACUCGGUACAUCAGCUAAUAUUGGUGAACUGGAUCAUCGUGUCACACGACGUACUAUGCUCAUCGCCAAUAUGACUCUUCUUGGUCUCCAAUCCCUUAUUAUCAGCUCCGUUGCGGCCUUUAUUAGCUUUAUUCUUGGUCUCUUGACGGUCCACCGACUGGGUGAUAUACCAGAAGGCAUGACCUACGGCAACAGCACGAAUCCCGGUCUUGAAAGUGCUGAUCAAGAAUGGCAUGAGGGUUAUACUAGGCCAGGCUGGAAGCAGUUGGUGAUGGUAUUGGCCACAGGAAUGGGCAGUGCCGGAAUUAGUAGUGCUGUGCUUGGUUCAUUUAUGGGAAGCUUGGUUGUCAUUUCAAGAUGGGCUGGUGCUGAUCCGGAUAAUAUCACUCCACCUUUGGCAGCUUGUCUUGGCGAUCUCCUUACCCUUUUCAUUCUUGCUCUUCUGGGUACAGCCCUUGUCGGUGCAAUGGAUACGAUAAUACCCCUACUGGCUGUUAUCAUCAUGUCCAUCGCCGCAGGCUGGUUUACUCGACGAGUUGUGCGUAAUGUGUGGGUUAAAGAAGUUGCAAAGGGAGGAUGGGUCCCUUUGAUCGGAGCCAUGCUUAUUUCUAGUGGAACGGGAAUGGUUCUUUCCAAAGGUGUAAGCAAGUACAGAGGAUUUGCAUUGUUGGCCAUCUCCAUGACGGGCUUGACUGGGUCAAUUGGCGCCAUCCAUGCUAAUCGUCUUUCCACCCAAUUACACACACUCCUCCAUCCUACUCACCCACAUCCCCGUCCUGUGGCCAACCUAUCUUCCUUACACCGGGGCCAUCCGGGCCUUUCUCCUCUUCAACGCGGUAUAGCUUUGUUCUUCGUCGCUUUCCCGUGUCAGGGCGCGUUCUUAUUGUUUGUGACUGGGGUUGGUUGGGUUGAUAUGUCUUUGGGCUGGACAGUAUGGGUUGCUUUUUCUUCGACUACACUCAUAUCACUCGUUUUGGCUUACUACUUGACUCUGUUCUUCUGGUCGAAGGAUCUAGACCCCGACUCCUACACUCUCCCUAUACAUUCCGCGCUUGUCGAUUUCUUGGGCCAACUUCUUCUUGUGCUCGCAUACGAGACUUCUAUCGCACUAGGAAGAGACGUUGUAGUAAAAAAUUCAUAGGGCUCUAGGUUUAGUCUAUCAUCAUAGGAAAUUGUAAAGUAUCCUUCACGACUUUUGAUAUCACCUGUAACAUUUGUACUGUAUCCGCAGGAAAUGCCAUAUAAUUUGCCGGAAUUUCCACAGAACUUUUGUCAUAACAAAGGACAGUGCAAGCUUAUGCAUCAUC